ACGGCGUUGACGUGGUCGUCGUCGUCUUCAUCAACUGCCCAAACCUCUCAAGGCCAUGGGGUCUAUAAAAUCUUUCCCAUUUCCCUUCUCACUCUCCAAACCUCCACUUCCAGAUCCUCUUAAUCUUCCAGGCAAUCCAAACACAUACAUUCAGAUCAUCAAAUUUACAGAAAUGGCAAAGCAAAAGAUUGUGGUGAAGGUGACCAUGACCAGCGACAAGAAAACUCGCAAGGCUCUAAAAAUCGCCGUUAGUCUAUGCGGUGUUGAAUCGGCAUCAAUUGUGGGAUCAGAUAAAGACCAGAUCGCGGUGACUGGUGAAGGAAUUGACUCCGUGGAGUUGACGACUUUGCUACGGAAAGGUGUAGGAUACACAGAGCUAGUGAGUGUUGGUCCGGUAGAGGAGAAGAAAGAAUCGAAGGCAACUGUGGAAAUUCAUCCUUACCAGUACUACUACGAUUACUAUGUCCCUUCCUACUAUGUCUACGGGAUGUGAGAAUUGAAGUCAAAUCAAAGAAAUCCGAUUCCAGUUGCUGUUGCUGUUGCUGCUGCAUUUCAUCCCCCUUUUCCAGUUCUCUUCUUAUAUUCGGGAAUUCUGAACAGAGGCUUCAUCUCCAGAGAUGGUAUGUGUGAAGAUAGUAAAAGUAAUAUUAAAGAUUUUGAUACUUUGUGAAUAUUUCCAUUACUGUAUCAAUUUCCUAUCUCGACUUUGUUCUGUUGUCAACAAAUUCCCAAAUAAAGACAGUGAUUGUAAGAGAAUACAUAUAAAGAGAAAUGAAAUGGUGGUGCCCAUUGCUUUUAUUAAAUUU